UUGAGAGCAAUUGACAAUGGAGCUUGGUACAUUCUUGCCACCGUGUUCUUGUCCUUCAUUGUUCAUAUUCGCCCCGUCAUCAUGAGUGAUCCAAAAUAUAUUAACCAAGCCGUUCAAGUCGAGUGCAUUGGCUCCAGCACUCGAGAGGAUGAUCCAAAAUUACGUGCGAAAAAGACCCCAGUUACCACGAUGGCAGGCUCAACGGGGCGCUCCUGGUACCCGCAGUUAUAUAGAGAGCUUAAAUCUGCCUGUCAGCAUUUAACCUCAAAAAUCGAUUUAAUCAGCGCAUAUAAUAAUACUCUAACAGAUUUCUUUGUAACACUUCUGGAUCAGGAAAAACUCGUCUCCUUCUUGAAGGUCUUUGCCUCAAUUGGGGGUUCUACUUCACAGCACGCCGAAGUCUCGACUUGUGCAAAGCAAAUAGAUGGUAAAAUCGAAGAGGAACAUAAAAGGAUUUGGCUUUUUAUUCAACUCGCACCCUUGCUGCUGGUUGGGACUGACAUCUUCGAGGAACACGUUCGUCGUCUAGGCAGUCCAUCCUCCAGUGAUCUCUCUCAUUUGAUUUCGAUGGAAUUGGAAGAAGUGGCCACACUUCUAGAUGAUGCUCCCAUAUUUUAUGUGGUUGAUGAGGCCCAGGGUCUCAGCCACUCGUUCGAAGACUAUUUUCGAUCCUACCAAGAUGCAACGCAGCCCGGGCCUAUUUUACGAGAGCUCAUAAAAAGUUGGCAAACCUACACCGCACAGAUGGUCAUCUCUGGAACGGGGAUAUCGAUGAAGAAAAUGCAGAAAACCUUCGAUUCGGCAUGGGCAAAGACAGACGAUAGAUCUCCAGUAUGGACGGAUGUCGGCGCAUUUGAUAAUCAAAAGUCCCAACACAUUUAUCUAUCGCAUUAUAUCCCUUCAGAAUUAUUGGACUCAUUAUUGAUGGAACGGCUUCAAUAUUGGUUGAGCGGUAGGCAAAACGGGUUUGAAUCCCCGCAUCUCCUGCUGAAUCAGUACAUAUUGGGGAUGACAAACCGUACGGUUGAAGAGGAAGGAUUGCCAGAAGAGACUCCGCUAGAUGGUGAAAUUAAAGCAGAAAUAAUAAAUAAUGCUUAUGACCCAAGCCUCGAAACUGCUCUUAGCUCCUUCUUCUAUGAGCUUUACAUCACUGGGAAGACGAGGAGUUUAUGUGGGAAAGAUGCGGACAGCCUGGUCGAGUUGGGGAUUUCUAGAUUCAAGAAAUCAGGAGUAGAAGGUUAUAGAAAAGCUGAAAUAACUGAGCAUCUCGUGAUUUUUGGCCUGGUCGACCUCCUCCUAGGGCUCAAACUGAGAAUGGAAGAUCAUUUAAUUCAGGAACUCUGCUCUCCCCAUCGAACUGUACAAGGGUUAGCGUUUGAGCCAUUCGCAGCCUAUUUGCUUGCUCAAGCUUUCUCCUCACCCCGACCUCUUUCCUCUGUAUUCGACUUCAUGGGCAAGUUUGCAAUCGAGGACGAACAGGCGGAAUUAGUUGGGCUAGAAAGAGUUGACAAUUCUUAUCGACACCCUUAUGCCCCUAUACCCUUUAGGUUGCUCUCCAACAAUACCGUUGGACCUGAUCUCAUCUUGGCUCUUCGACUGACCCGGCACGACACCAUUCUUCGUGUGUGUGUUCAAGUCAAAAAUAUCGAACAGGAGCAAAGCGAACGGGCGCUAUCCGAACCACAGAACCGACUUGCUGGUUCUCACAUCAUAAAAAUAAUAAAGAGUGGGUUAUCUCUAAUCCAUCCAUGCAGGAAAACAUGCUACAAGCACUCCAAAAUCAUGGUGCUGGUGCUGCUGGAGCUG